UCAAGAGUAAAUCGUAAAUCGUUCACUAAAUUGUCUAAAACAUUCCUCAAUUUAUUGGGCGCGCUCUACAUUUCACUAUUUUAGUCCUCAGCUACUUUAUGUCUUGUCGUCUGGACACUGGUCCUAUAGAUUAAUUUGUUGCGGGACUAUUUUUUAGAGGAUUACAGUAGGUCACCACAUGACCAUUCUGGUCUUCGAGCUGGAGCGCGUUUCAUUCGUGUCGAGCGCAGGGCAUUCGUUCGCAGCGAUUGUAUUUAAGCAGUUUAACUGCACAAAAUACAAUUUCUUUAAAUAAUUUUUCUAAGUUCUGCGUGUGUAAUCGCGCGUUUCUCAAUUUGGGAAGGAGUUAUCCUCAACCAUGUCGCAGGUCAUUACCGGAGAUAAGUAUUGGGAGGAUAGAGUAGCAUUCGAAACAGAAGGAGCACGUCACGAACAUAUAAAUGAUGAUGAUGUUUUGCAGCUCAAUCAAUUUGACGGACUACCCUACUCCUCUCGAUUCUACACAUUAUUAAAGGAAAGAAUGGAUCUACCAGUUUGGAAAGCUAAGUGUGAUUUCAUGGACAAGCUGGCCAACAGGCAGUUUGUUAUUGUCUCUGGCACUGCGAAAACUGGCAGGAGCUCUCAGAUUCCCCAGUGGUGUACAGAGUUCUGCCUGUCCGUCCAGUACCAGAACGGCAUGGUGGUGUGCAGUCAGGUCCACAGACAACAUACAGUGGAUCUGGCACUGCGUGUAGCUGAUGAGAUGGACGUCAACAUCGGCCAUGAAGUGGGCUACAGCAUCCCACUGGAGACAUGCUGUUCUGGUGACACUGUCCUCAGGUACUGCACUGAUGACAUGUUGCUCAGAGAGAUGAUGUCAGACCCCAUGCUGGAGCACUACGGUGUAGUCAUAAUCGACCAGGCCCACGAGAGGACGGUCAGCACAGAUGUCCUGCUUGGCCUGCUCAAAGAAAUUGCGCUGCAGAGGCCAGAGCUCCGUGUGGUUUUACUCACAGCUACACACCCAGGCCCCAAGCUCCUAAACCACUACAGAACUGCUCCACUGAUCCAGCUGGAGGAAGUGUGUUCAGCAGAGGUGGUGUAUACUGGUACCAGCCACAAGGACUAUUUCUGCUCUGCCCUCCGUCUAGUCCUGGAGAUACAUCACUCUCAAGAGGAAGGGGAUAUAGUCGUGUUUUUGGCCACAAAUCAAGAGAUAGACCUUGCCCGCGAUAUCCUCUGUCGUGAGGAGGCCGAUAUUCCCCCACAUCUAGGGGAACUUCUCCCUAUCUCAGUUUACCCUGGGCUGGCUGGGUCUUUGCCCAUGACGGGUGAAGAGGAAGGCCGGUGCCGAAGAGUCUUCCUCACCUCCAGUCCAAAUGAAGACCUCUUUUGGUCUGUGCACACUUUGAACUUCGUUAUCGAUGGCGGUGUACAGAAAAGAAGUGUUUACAACCCUAGGAUCAGAGCAAAUUCAGUCGCCAUUCAGCCUAUCAGCCGGAGUCAAGCAGAGAGCCGCAAACAGCUGGUUAGACCAACAGGGAAGACUUUCUGUCUAUAUCCAGAGGACACACCCCUGCCUAGUGAGACACGCCCACACAUCUUGGAGUCAGAUAUUACAUCCACAGUGCUCUUCCUGAAGAGGAUGGAUAUUGGGGGUCUGAGCCACUGUGACUUCAUGGACAGGCCAGAUCCGGAGUGUCUGAUGCAGGCUUUGGAGGACCUGGACUACCUAGCAGCCUUAGAUGAUGACGGGAAUCUGUCUGAGAUCGGCAUCAUCAUGUCUGAGUUCCCGCUGGAGCCACAGAUGGCAAAGACACUACUGGCCUCGUGCGAGUUUGACUGUGUCAACGAGGUGGUCACCAUCGCCGCCAUGCUGGCCGCACCAAACUGUUUCCUGAUCCCCCGAAUGGAGAUGAGGCUAGAGGCCUCUCAGCGUCACCUGAAAUUCCAGCAUCCAGAAGGAGACCACUUCACUCUAAUCAACAUCUACAAAGCUUUCAAACAGAACCAGCAGGAGCCCUUUGUCAGUGUGGAGAAGUGGUGUCAGGACUAUUUCCUGAGCCUGUCUGCCCUGCAGACGGCUGAUGCUAUCCGCUCUGAGUUGACUGACAUCCUGAGGAGGAUAGAACUGCCUGUCUCCAUGCCUUCUUUUGGCUCCAAGGGAAACACCCUAAACAUCAAAAGAGCACUGCUAGCAGGCUUUUUCAUGCAGGUGGCGAGGGAUGUGGAUUCAUCAGGGAAUUACUUCAUACUGACACACAAACACGUGGCCCAAAUCCACCCCCUCUCUGCCUACGGCACCAAGACACCCAAACUGGGCCUGCCUGAGUGGAUCCUCUUCCAUGAGUACACCUUCUCCGAAGACAACUGCAUCCGCACCCUGACCCACAUAUCACCAGAGGAGUUCAUUCAGAUGGCUCCACAGUACUUCUUCUACAAUCUCCCUCCAAGUGAGAGCAAGGAUAUCCUCCAGAACAUGUUAGACAAGGGAGCUGAACACUACAAAGCAAAGAAGAUUAAAAAGAGCCCCAGCAUAGAGAGCAUCCCAGAGGUCACAGCCAGUUGUAUUAUACAGUGAUUAUAAAGGCCUUGGUUGGGUGUGUUAAAGGCCGAAAGUCCCCCCGUCAUUCCCUUAUGGAUUAGAUGAUCAUUUUUGUCCAUGUUACCCUUUGAGUCGUGGAAACUUACAGUAGAAUAAUGUCAAUCGCAACUUGCAAGGUAUCAGUUUGAUAGGGUUAUGUUUGUUAAUCGCUGGAAUUGCAUUAAUAUGUUAGGGACAAUGAGACAACCGUCUGGUCUGUUUGCCAGGGUUAAUUGUAAUUGUACUUAGCCACCCUUUUUAGUAAAUGUAUAUCUACAGUCCUAACAAACUUACACUUUAAUGAGAAACCCACAAAAAUACAUGUUUGUGGAGGGCUCAACUUUAAAUACCCCUGCCGUUAACAUUUCAGGCAGUCCAAAACCCAAAACAGAUUAUCUAUACCAGUUUUGAAACAUACAUUAAACUAGACAAUCCCAGUAAGGUUUAGGCAGUGCAUGGAAUGGUUGUCCCAGACACUGAGGUACAGAGGAGCUGAAACAAAAGCAAAGAAAAAUUAUUUGGGUUUGUUGCUCCAUCUGCUAUGUAGAGGAUUGGGUGAGGUGGGGGUGACCUAGUUCAGUAACAAGAGCAUUACGGUAUUGUAACUACAUGAGGCAUUACAGCACCAUGUGACCUCUUUAGUCCUACUCACUUCCAGGCGCUUGCCAAGAUCCAGGGCCUUGUAUAAACAGAUAGAAAUAGGUUGGACUGCUUGGCAUCAAGGCUGGUGAUGUGUAGUCGUGUCAAUACCAAUGUGAACCAAGACAAGGUGAUCAGAAAUAUCAUUCAAACUUUUAUUUCAAAUCAGGGCAAACAUGCUGGCGCACAUUCAAA